AUGGCGAAACCGAAAACCGCCGCCGGAAGCUCCUCGCGAAACGAAAACGAGUACCAGAGGAACUUCAACCUUAGCAUCCAGUGGAACCGCUGGACUCUGAAAGCGAUGGGCGUUUGGCCGAGCUCGAGCGAAGUCUCGAGACUCCAGAAAUCCCUCAACGUGCUGAUAAUCGUCGUCUAUUACUUUCUAAUUACCUUCAUGUUCCUGCCUACCUACCUGUUCAUGCUGUUCGAGGUGGAGAACACUUACGACAAGGUGAAGGUCUGCGGCCCGAUGAGCUUCUGCGUGAUGGUGUAUCUGAAGUAUCUCUCGCUGAUUGUUCACGCGAAACAGAUUCGCGAGUGCUUCGAGUGUAUCGAGCGGGACUGGAAGAUUAUGGAGUACUCCAAGGACAAGGAGAUCAUGGUGGCCAAUGCGAACUUCGGCAGGAGAUUGGUGAAGAUCUGUAUAUUCUUCAUGUACAGCGGUUUCGCGUUCUAUUACAUCACCUUGCCGAUCAAAACCGGCAGGGUCACCGUGGGGAACGUGACCUUUAUCCCGACGGUGUUCCCCGUGUCGAAGCUGCUCGCAGAUGUCCGUUACAGCCCUGCCAAUGAAAUAUUUCUCGGGAUCCAGUUCAUGGGAGGAAUCGUGGUUCAUGGAAUAACGGCCGGCGCUUGUAGCCUGGCCGUAGCGUUCGCCGUGCACGCCUGCGGACAGGUGAAAGUCCUGAUCGGCUGGAUGGAUAAUUUGCUCGAGGGUCGCGCGGACAUGAGCUCGUCGGUGGACGACAGGAUCUCGAGCAUCGUUAGUCAACACGUCCGUGUACUGAAGUUCAUAUCCGUCACGGAGGAAGCCCUGGUGCAAAUAUCUUUCAUAGAAUUCACGGGAUGCACGUUGAAUUUAUGCCUCCUGGGUUAUUACACGAUAAUGGAAUGGGAUACGAACGAUCUUACCGCACCUAUAACGUACAUCAUAAUACUUGGAUCUCUCAUGUUCAACAUUUUUAUAUUCUGUUACAUAGGAGAACUUGUCGCUAAAUAUAGCAGUAAGAUCGGCGAUGUUGCGUACAUGAUUGACUGGUACAAUCUACAGGGUAGCAGAAAGCGUUCCAUCGUUCUGAUGAUCGCGAUGGCUAAUACCGAGACGAGACUCACGGCGGGUAACAUAGUUGAACUGUCUCUGAGCACAUUCGGUGACGUUAUCAAAACGGCAGUCGGAUAUUUGAACAUGCUGCUGGCGUUAUUGUAA